GUGCUCUGCUCGGUUCUGCUCGGUCCAGGGCGGACUGGUUUACCAGAACCAGAACCAGAACCGGAACCAGAACCAUGUCGUCCCCCGCGGGACCGGGCCGGCCCGGGCCCGGCUCCGGUUCGGGCCCCGGGCCCGCCGGCACCGGGACCGGUACCGGGACCACCGGGACCGGGAGCGCGCAGCUCGUGCCCGAGCUGGACUUCCGGUCCGCGGCUCGGUUCGAGGAGCUGACGGGGCUGAUCCGGGAGUUCGGGAGGCUGGAAGGGCGGGAACAUGAUGAUCAGAGAGCCCUGGAGGUCCACACGGCCAAGGACUUCAUCUUCUCCAUGCUAGGAAUGGUGCAGAAGCUGGACCAGAAGCUCCCCGUGGCUAACGAGUACCUGCUGCUGUCGGGCGGCGUGCGCGAGGGCGUGGUGGACAUGGACCCGGACGAGCUGAGCGCGUCGUACGCCCGCGGCGCCGACUACGACCUGGACUUCACGCUGCUGGUGCCGGCGCUGAAGCUGCACGACCGGAACCAGCCGGUGACGCUGGACAUGCGCCAGUCGGCGCUGGGCCACUCGUGGCUGAGCCUGCGGCUGUUCGACGAGGCCACGAUCGGCCGCUGGAGCGACUGCUGCACGCUGCAGGAGCACGCCAGCGGAAACACCAACUACUUCUUCAGUCCCACGCUGGUGGCCGGCUGGUUCCACCACGCCGUCUCCACCGUGCUGCUGGAGCUGCAGAAGAAACCCCAGAGAGGGAUGCCGCGCGUGGAGAAGGUGGAACGCAGCGGCACAGUAAUCUCCUUGGUCCUCGGCGUGGGCAGCAGCAGGAUGCUCUACGACAUCGUCCCCGUCGUCUCCUUCAAGGGCUGGCCGGCCGUGGCCCAGAGCUGGCUGAUGGAGAACCAUUUCUGGGACGGGAAGAUCACGGAGGAGGAGGUGAUCAGCGGCUUCUACCUGGUGCCGGCCUGCUCGCACUCGGGCCGCCGCGACAACGAGUGGCGGCUGUCGUUCGCCCGCAGCGAGGUGCAGCUGAAGAAGUGCAUCAGUCCGGGACUCAUGCAGGCGUACCAGGCCUGCAAGGCCCUGAUCGCCAAGAUGCUGGCCCGGCCCAAGGCCCAGGUGAGCCCGUACCACCUGCGCAGCAUCAUGCUCUGGGCCUGCGACCGUCUCCCGGCCAACUUCCUGUCCCAGGACGACCACGCCGGCCACUUCCUGCUGGGGCUGCUGGACGACCUGCAGCACUGCCUGCUCAACAAGACCUGCCCCAACUACUUCAUCCCGCAGUGCAACAUGCUGGAGGCGCUGGACGACGGCGCGGCCGUGCUGCUGGCCCGGAAGCUGAGCUCGGUGCGCUCGGACCCGGCCGAGCACCUGCGCUCCACCAUCGCCCACGCCCAGGCCGCCCACCGCCUCACGCUGGAGCUGCAGUGGCGCGGCGGCGUUAGCGUAGGCGGAGGCUCGGCCUCCGGCCUGCCGUCGCCGGCCCAGUCCGACGCCGGCGGAGACAACCAGCCCGACGACCGUCUGGCCAAGAAGCUGCAGCAGCUCGUCACGGAGAACCCGGGGAAAUCCAUCUCCGUCUUCAUCAACCCCGACGACGUCACGCGGCCGCACUUCCGCAUCGACGACAAGUUCUUCUGAGACUGUUCUGAGGCCCCGCCCCCUCCCGGGGGCCCCGCCUCCUUCACCGGAGGCCCCGCCCCCUCCCGGAGGCCCCGCCUUCAACAGAGGCCUCACCUCCUUCUCCCUGAGGCCCCGCCCCCUCACUGAGGCCCCACCUCCUUCUCCCUGAGGCCCCGCCCCCCCGGAAGCCCCGCCCCCUCACUGAAGCCCCGCCCCCUCACUGAGGCCCCGCCCCCUCACUUUUCUACCCGACCAAGGCCUUUUAACCGGAACCAGGACAGAAGUCCGACUUCCCGCCAGAACCAGAACCAGAACGGUUUCCAGGAAACCCCGAAGUCUCCGGACCUUUUUUUGAUAUUUUUCCUGGAAUUUUCCCUCGACGGUUCCGGUUCCGGCUAACGACCUCCAAACCGGACCAGACCGGACCGGAUCCAUCAGAACUGAAGGUUCCCAUUUGUGUCAUCCGGAACCUUUUUAUUACCCGGAAAAAAAAACAAACACCGACGUUCAACUUGAAUUUUCUCUUGCGUAAUGCAUUCACUUGAGAAAAAAAAAGAUUCUGCUCUGUUUUUCUGAAUUAACGAGAUAAUUUUACGAUAAUUAACGAUAAUUAUCUCAGAAUUCUGUGAGAAGUUUUAAUGAAAAAACAACCGCAAAGUCCUGAGGUUUCUGUGCAAAGUCGACAAACUAAUAAAAAUACCAUCUAUAAAACUUAAAGACAAGAGAAUAUCCCAAUGUUUCAAACCAAAAGCAAAAUCAAACUGGAUUAAACUGGACAGGAACAUUUUUGUUUCCAUGAAAUCCAGCUCUCAAGUGAAUGAAGCUUCUGGCAAGUUGUUAAUUCAGAAAAACAGAGCAGAUUUUUUCUUCUCAAGUGAAUGCAACACGCUUCCGUACCUUCUUUUUCUUCCCCUGGAAAAUGAAAAAAAAACCGGCGUCCAGAACUUGAGAAGUUCAGGGCGUCGGCAGGAGUCCGGUUCCUGGUUCCGGACCGGGUCUAGGACCAGGACCAGGACCGGGUCUAGGACCGGGUCCCGGUCCCCCCUGCAGAAUGUCGAUGGUACUAAAGGUCCGACUGUAAAUACAGAACCGUCCCGUUCGGACUCCGACGUGUAACUUUUUUGCACAGAAUGUAGAACCACUUCUUCUUCUUCUUCUUCUCUUCGUCACGGUGGAUGUUUUUUUCCGAUGGUGAAAUGUUGCUGUUGCCGACGACGACGCACGAGUGUCUCACUUUCCCUCACGCCGGACCUGCGGUCCUGGUGAUCCGGUCCGGUUCUGGUCCAGAUGAGACCCCCCUGGACCUGGACCCCCCCCCCCCCCAACACAUGCACACACACAUAUACACAUAUAUAUACACACACAUACACACACACACACACACACACACACACACACACACACACACACACACACACACACACACACACACACACACACACACACACACACACACAUAUACACAUAUACACUAGGGCUGUUCGAUUUUGCCCAAAAAUAAAAUCUCGAUUUUUUUUCUCUCAAAAUCCCAUUUUCGAUUACGAUUACGAUUAUUUUGUGAAUUGACUAAAGGCAAAGAAAUGAUUUCAAAUAUGCUGUUUUUGUAUUGAACAUUUGCCCCAUUGGGCUUUAAGUGCAAACUUUGCUCUUAUUAAACCAAAAAUGAAUGAAUAA